UCCCCCGCUCCGAGCGACCGGCGGUCUCCGAGUACACCAGCACUCUGAACAGCAGUCCCAUAGGUCAGGGGACAGCGACGCCGGCUGGCCAUGCCCUGGGACUCCCCAUCACUGUGGGAGCUGGUGGAGGAGCACGUUCCGUUCCCGGAGCGGCCUGAAAUGAAGAGGAUUCUAGGAGAGGCAGCGGUGGACCUGAACCUGGAGCUGCGAGCAGAGGUGACGAUGCUACAGGCACUGCUCCAAGAGGUUCGAUCCUCACAAGCCCAGGAUUCCCGUCCUAUCUCUGACCCCUCCUCCCUUCUGGCACCACCGCCUCUACUGAGGGACCUUGUGCGCCAAGAACUUCGGCAGCUCCUCCAAAGUCUCCGCCAUAAGGCUAUCUUCGAGGGCAGGGAUCAGACCCAGGCCUGGGCCAAGUUUAGCCCCAAGGUCCUUCGCUUUGCUUUUGAAGAGCCCAAGUGUGACUUUCCAGAGCAGGAGAUACCCCAGAUGAGAGCUGGUGAGCCCAGCAGCAAUUACAGGGACCUCAGUAUCAUCAAGGACCAACUGAACGUGUCCAGCAUUGACCAGGUUGCCGGAUAUCUGAGGGCCCUCCUGGAGGAGGAGCGCCUCACCUUGGAGAGGGAGAUCUCCACACUGCAGCACUGCCUGGAAGUGGAACAUACGGAGGCUCACCAGAGCAAAAAGGCAACCCUAGAGCCCACGCUGGCAGAGCUGAAGGAACAGAAGAAAGCAAUGGAACAGGAGCUGCAGGCCUCUCUGCGGCCUUCCUGCAUCUCUGCCAAGCACAGGCAGCGGCCCUCAGGGUCCUCCACUCAGAGCCUCAGAUCCUUUCCUAGCCACCCUGGGGCUGCUGGAGUCUGGGCUGGGCCUCUCCAAGGCCACCUGCCUGCACCUCCUUUGGAGCGCUGCCCCCAACCUGGAGGCCCAGCUGCCACUCAUCGCUGGGGACGGCAGCUUCGGUGCAGUCCCAGGGAAGGGCCAGUGUCCAGUGCAGCACCCCAGACCCCAACCUGA